AUGUUAUUAGCUGGUCGAUUUAUGGGUACUCGCCAAUACCUAUUGUGGUUUCUAAUUAUUGCAAGUUCGAAUCUUGCUAAUGCAUUUCCAACCACUGAGGAAAUUAUCCCGAUAAAAAACUCCUUUGAGGAACUACAAGGACGGUAUAGGCGUGGCGCAAAUGCAGACCCAAUUUGUGAUGCUCCUUGUACUUGUCAAUGUAGUUCAACCGGAGCACCACAAACAAGUGAAGUAACAUCAGUUGGCACAACAUCAUCAACCACAUCAACAAUAAGUUCUACAACAACAACAUUAACAACAUCCACCUCCACGUCGACAUCAACAACGACAUCCACCUUCACGUCGACAUCAACAACAAGUACUUCGACGACCAGUACGAGUACCAGCACGACCAGUUCUACAACAAGCACUUCAACAACAAGUACUUCAACAACAAGUACUUCGACGACUAGUACGAGUACCAGCACUACCAGUUCUAUAACAAGUACCUCGACGACUAGUACGAGUACCAGCACUACCAGUUCUACAACAAGCACUUCAACAACAAGUACAUCUACGACAAGAACUACUACAAGAACUACAAGUUCUACAACGACCACAACAACAACAANACAACAAGCACUUCAACAACAAGUACUUCAACAACAAGUACUUCGACGACUAGUACGAGUACCAGCACUACCAGUUCUACAACGAGCACUUCAACAACCAGUACCAGUACAACAAGCACUUCAACAACUAGUACUAGUACGAGCACGACAAGCACGUCAACUACAACAACAACGACGACGAGCACGACAAGCACUUCAACUACAACAACAACGACGACGAGCACGACUACUACUCGCUGUCCUGAUAUAUGUUGUUCCAACAACAACAACAACAACGACAACGACCACGGUCACUUCGCUGAUACCGGACUGCUCGGCUCUUCAAGCUGAACUCACACAAGUGAAAUUAGGUUUAGGUAUUGGCUUAGGUUCUGGUAUGGCGAUAACCAGUGGGUUAGCGGCGGGUAGCUAUAUUUAUUUUACAAGACGUCUUGCACAAUUACCAUCAUCAGGAUUUAUAGGAAGAGAACAAUUCACUUCGUGA